AGGGUAAAAAUGGACUCCACUAGAACUUCACAAAUUAAGACAGCCAUACGACAUAUAUCAGAGUCAAUGUUUGUGGGACUGUGCCAUAAAGUGGGGACCUCACGACUGGUGGCCAUGAGGAGAGAUGUGGUGGACAUCAGGGACGUGAUGGAAAAUCAGAAGACGCCAAGUAAUAAAAACAAUAUGAUAGAAAGUGGAAGCCAAAAAGAAGGAUUCAGACUGGAGGGAUCAGAUAUAGACAUUAUGUUCUGGCCAAAUAAUCACCGUGUGAUCUGGGAAUUAUCUCAAUCGCAGUAUUACAACAGGCACAGACAAACACUGAUCCUCUGUGACUAUUUUGAUAGUCCACCAGGAUUUACUUUGUUAUGUUUACUGUCACCAAGCAUGGACAGAGGAAUCCAGGAAGCUUGUGUUAGAGUGAAUAACAGACAAUAUUUAUCUAGUUCUCUAUAUAGAUUAGUCACAUCUUCUGUAUUCCCAUUAAACUCCACUCAACACGGACCCUGUGCCAGUGGAAGAUUUGGAGCGAUAGAAUAUGAUCAUGCCCACUGUUUUGCCUGUGACUUUUGGUCUCCAUCUGCCUCCUCAUGGAUUGACAGAUGUCACUCAUGGCCCCAGCCUCAUGUUGUUGAUGAUAUAGUAAAAAAUGGAUGUCACUUUGUAGCAAUUGGACAUAAGCUAGGAAUUCAUGAAGACCUUGAAUGGAGAAUUUCUUUCUCUCUGGCAGAGCAAAAACUAGUGUUUGCAAUGAACCACUGUCAAUUCUUAACUUAUGCCUUGCUUAAAUUGUUCUUAACAGAAAUAAUUAACAAUGGAGUAGGUGAAGAUGAUAAAUUACUGUGUUCCUAUCAUAUUAAGACGGCAGUUUUCUGGGUGAUUCAACAAAAUACAAUAUCUCAUUGGUGUCCACAAAAUCUCCUGUGGGGUUUUUGGGUCUGUUUUAAACUCAUCCUCAAAUGGGUGUAUGAGGGGGUCUGUCCUAAUUUUUUCAUUCCAGAGAACAACAUGUUUCUGAAUAAAAUUCAUGGCGACAAACAAUAUCAAUUGUCUAUAAGAUUAUAUGGGCUUUACGAGAAGGGUUUAGCAUUUCUGCUACACAGUCCCUCCAUUAGGUCUUAUAUCAUAAAAGUUCUUCACAACCCGAGACUCUCAAUCUGUACAGACGAACGAACUCUGAUUUCUGAGGCUGAGUUUGAUAUUAACAUAUUUAAAGAAAUAUACAGGCAAGACACACUAUUCACAUCAAACUUAGAAUGUUGCAUGAGAUAUCUACAUACAAUAGAACAAAUGAUAGAUGCACCCCUCUUGACAGAGUAUCAAGUCAUCAUGCUACAGAAACUUACAGCUGAUGUCCUUAAGCAAACUGUUUUCAUAUUACACAUGAAAACUAACGCAUAUACAAACAAACUGAGUUAUAGAAAUGACAAAAUAUACUGUCACAUGCUGAAAUUAGCAGCCAAGUUUGGUUAUAUUACUGACAUGCUGUACUUGGCCAUGUAUUAUUACAAGACACUCAGAUACACUAAAGCAAUGUCUAUUACAGAAAUGAUCAAGGUCAAGUUAGCAAAGCCAUAUGUGAUGAAUAGGUUCAAUGUGAAUAAAGAGAUGUAUACUGAGGCUGUAGGGGGUCUAACUUGGUCUAAAAAGAUGAGAUAUGCUGUGGCAUGGACUAUCAGACUUGACAAUGAUAUCCAUUACAUCGGGGAAUUAAUACAAGAACAAAUGUCUGCUCAACUGAACAAUUGGCCUCAUUUAGAAGUGUCACCCUUAAUUCUGUUAUAUAUGCUAGAGAUCCUGUGCUACAGACAUGUAAACACAAUGAGAGAACAAACAUUUCUACGUGAAUUACAGACCCUUGUUCACUUUGAUCAAGGACAGCUAAUGGAUCCUCUAUACAAAGAUAUAUCUUGGCAGAUUCUUGGGAUCUGUCAACAGGUGACAGGGAACCUCCAGGCUGCUCUAUACUCAUACCAUCAAUCUCUCAGACAAGAACCAUACAACAAAAUACAUAUUGCUACAGAAAUGAGAAUACGGGAAAUUUUUCGAUGGAAUUCCUCAAUUACUUAAAUGUCUGAUAUUUGAAAUAUACCUAAUGAAGUUUGAUUUCUUGUUUGUUUUUUUUUCUCACAUUAUUUUUUUUUCUAUUUGCUCUAAAACAAGAUAUCCAUGGACAACAAUGUUCACCUGAUUCACUUUGUCCUGCUGUUCUUUCAACGAUUUUUAUAAAAAAAAAAAAAAAAGAAGACUUUUCCCACUUUUUAUUCCCAUGAAAAAUUGUGACCCUAUAUUGUGACCCCAACAUAACUCUUAGAAGUCAUGACCUGACCAUAUCUAAAUCCAUAUAACAUGGAGUUACUUCAAUAUUAAUAUCUUUAACAUAUUCUUUC